AUGUGUGUAGACAAGGCCUAUGACUUGAGGGGUAUUAACAGGCCACUUUGCCUUGAAUGGUCUCUUGAAAUAUUUGACCGGGAAAGACCAAUGAGAGGUCGUGGGGGAGGAAGAGGUGGAAAGCGAAGCCGAGGAAGAUGUGGUGGGAUGAACAGAAGUCUUAAUGGCUAUGACCAAAGAGGGAAAUGGGAAUUUGAAAGACAGAGUGGGAGUGAUAAAACUGAGAUGGAACAGACUGCUCCUGUGGAAGAGACUGCAGAAACAGAGGAUCACCAAGGGGCACCUGAAGGAGAACCUCUGACCAAAGUUGCUGAAGGGGUGCCCGUGGACGAAGUAGCUCAAGAAAUGACUUUAGAUGAGUGGAAAAAUCUGCAGCAACAUAGUCAACCAAAGCCUGAAUUCAACAUCCGGAAGCCAGAAUCCACUGUUCCUUCCAAAGCAGUGGUGAUUCACAAGUCAAAGUAUAGAGACGAUAUGUUAAAGGAGGAUUUUGAGGAUGACUCCCACAUCUUCCGAAAAGCAGCUAAUGAUAUAACUUCUCAGCUGGACAUUAGCUUUGGGAAUCUUCCUCGUCCUGGGCGUGGAGCCAGAGGAACACGAGGAGGUCGUGGACGUGUCAAAAGAGUCGAAGAUACUGGGCCUAGACCAGAAGUGGUGACACAAAUCGUUGCUCCAAAUCAUGAUGACCCUGAGGAUUUUCCUGCUUUAGCUUGAAAGAACUGUCCUGAAUGAUAGCACCUCAAAGGAGCUGUGAAGAGACCAGUUUUAUGUUGCUGUGGAAAAGGAUCAUCUGAGUCUGAAGGAAAAAUGGAUUUUUUUUUCUUGUGUGAAAUAAUUGCACUUCUAUGGUAUUGAUGGAAGGGGGCUCUGGAGAGAUCAAUGGACUGGGAUCUUGCUACAGAUUCCAGCACCUCCUUUUGGGAUAACUGUGUGAAGGCUUAUGGUAUUAUACUCAAGGGAUUUCAAUAAAGUUCAAGAGUACAGUGUUUAAAAUGUGUAUAUAAAGAUAAUUUAGAAUUUUCCAUGAAAGCACAGUGAAAUGUAAGCUGUACAACAUGGUCUGCUAUUGGAAAUCUGUAGCAAACCCCUGUAGACACUUGAAAGCUGCUUUCCCUACUCCAUUGAGUGAAAUGUACCUUUGCAUAUUUUAAGCAGUUAUACUGCAAUUUUCAUAAGUUGACAAAUAAAGAAAACUGCUAAU